CGGGGCAGCGAGCAUCUAGCAUGGGGAGAGAAGGGUGAGGGGGCAGAUCCCGCCGCCCUCACUCCUGCCUCUGCCUCUGCCUCUGCCCCGGCACCUCCUCCUCCUCCUCCUCCUCCUCUUGCUGCUCCUGCUCCAGAGAGCCAAGCCGCGGUCCGUGCAGCCUCCCCCCUUUCUAGAGGGGUGAUCUUCAGCAUGCUGACCACCCACCAAACCAUGUGGAAAUGACUUGGCAUCAUGGCAUCCCAGAUUCUUCUGUGGUCCUCCUGCUGCUGCUGGUGGUGGUGUUUUCUGCUGCAUCCGAGCCAAAGAAGGUUUGCAUCUUUCAAGAUCCUCCUUUACAGACCACGAGCUUUUCAGAUGACUUCGAAGAACUGAAGAAGUACCUGCUGUUUGAUUACCCCGUAUUUGUGCCUUCCAACCUGAAACCGGAUGAAUUCUGCCUGGGGUUAUGGAAAGUUCAUCUUAUCGACAGAAACCUGCACAGCAUGAUCCAAGUGUCUGGGAGCAGCCUGAAGAAAUAUAUACAGAAGAUAAGGCAUCAUACAACUUUUAUCAACGAAUGCAAAAUUAAUGACAGAUGUGUCGCUUUUGAGAGGACAAACAUCUCUCAGUUCCUAGAGCCCAUUCCCUCCUUUCUUAUGUCGUUGGCAAACUGGAUGGAGAAUCUCCUGGAAAAUAGUUCUGCUGCUGACUUUCAUAACUGCACCACUAUUCAGUGCCUACCAGACUCUUACACCACUCCAACUAUCAGUCCCUCUGCCCAGAAGCAUGAAAUGAACCACACAUCUCCGCCAGUCUCCCCUGGAAGAGCUUACUGGGGGCUGCUUAUAUUUCCAGUUUUCUUGCUCUGCUCCCUCUCUGUCUUGAGAAUUCCAUGCAGGAGAUGCCAGACGCCCCCAAGUUUUCGGGAAACUGACAUGGAGCCUGUGGAGGUCCUUUAGGAAUGGCAAAGGUGACGAAUCUCAUCCACAGGUGCAAGUGAUCUGAAAGAGAUGGAGACUUCCUGCUGACGUGUUGGUUCGAGCACCUCAUCCUCUGCUCCCAGUUUUCUCCCUGGAGGCCUGAAGUCACAAAUCACAAAUGUCACCUUCUGGAAAGCUGGGAUGGGGGAGAGAGAAAGAUCUUGCGAAAUGUCUACAAGGCUGCAGUUCUGACACAUUCCACUGGGUGAUGCUGCACCGACAUUUUUAUAUUGUAUGUGUAUGUGUGUACAUGUGUGUGAGAGAAAGAUGUAUAUAUUUUGUA